ACGACAGCCAUGUUGUUAUAAGUUCCGUCAGUGUGUGUAUCUGUCAAAAAGAAAACCUGGUUUCGGGGAGUUUAUCGUAAAAGGGGGCCCUCCACCAUCGCCGCUCACCGAAUACGAUGGACGAAACCAAAGUGAUUUAUCACAUCGAUGAUGAGGAGACGCCCUAUCUCGUGAAGAUACCGAUUGCGCCGGAAAAGGUCACCCUUGCUGAUUUUAAAAAUGUCCUCAACAGACCCAACUACAAGUUCUUUUUUAAAUCGAUGGAUGAUGAUUUUGGAGUGGUUAAAGAGGAGAUUAUUGAAGAUGGGGCUCAUUUGCCGUGUUUUAACGGAAGAGUUGUUAGUUGGCUCGUUUCCGCUGACGGUUCAAACCAAUCGGACGGUGGAUCUCAAUGCACGGAUAGUGUUACCAUACAAUCGGAACAACGGCAUGUUCCUCAAGCCCCUGAAUCAGUUUGUACCGACACAGAAAGCAUUAUAAGCUCAAGACAAGCUCGUAGGCAUCAUAAAUACUCGUCGAGGAUAAACGGACAUCUCCCGAGAUUAUACGAAACCGAAUCGAUAGUAAGCUCAGAUUUAGAAACAACAAGUUUUGUUUCGGAAACAACCGGGAGACACACGGCCCUCUCGGAAUGUUCGAGCGUAAGUCGAUUACACGUUGGGAAUAGAAAGAGGCCCCAAAGGCGACGGAAGCAACGCAUGCAAGCAAUGUCUCGUACAAGUUCGUAUUCGAGCAUAACAGACAGUACGAUGUCGUUGAAUAUAAUCACGGUAACUUUGAAUAUGGAUACAGUUAAUUUUUUGGGAAUUUCGAUUGUGGGGCAAAGUAAUAAGGGCGGUGAUGGGGGGAUUUACGUCGGAUCAAUUAUGAAAGGAGGAGCUGUGGCUAUCGACGGACGGAUCGAACCGGGUGAUAUGAUUUUGCAGGUUAAUGAUGUCAAUUUUGAGAAUAUGUCUAAUGAUGAAGCCGUAAGGGUUCUUAGGGAGGUCGUCCAAAAACCAGGGCCGAUUAAGUUGGUUGUUGCUAAAUGUUGGGAUCCAAACCCAAAAGGUUACUUUACUAUUCCUCGUACUGAACCAGUUCGUCCGAUAGAUCCAGGUGCAUGGGUUGCUCAUACAGCGGCGGUGAGAGGGGACCCGGUGGCGCGCCCCCCAAGCAGUUCGACCGUUUCAAGCGCCUCAAUAACGAGCACGAUCCCCGCGAACGAACGUGAGUGCAUGUUAGACUGUGAUUUAGAAGAACCCCUAACGAUAAACUCUCCAAUGGCAACGAUCGUCCAAGCAAUGCAACGAGCCGACAGCGGAUUAGAAAUUCGCGACCGAAUGUGGUUAAAAAUAACGAUCCCGAACGCUUUCAUCGGCACCGAUAUGAUCGAUUGGAUCUUGACUCACGUAAACGGUUUCCAAGAUAGGCGCGAAGCCCGGAAGUACGCAUCGCAUUUAUUAAAAGCUGGCUUCAUUCGACACACAGUCAACAAGAUCACGUUCUCCGAACAAUGUUAUUACAUUUUCGGCGAUUUAUGCUCAGCCAUGUCUAAUCUUAAGAUACAAGGCGACACCGAUUCCGUUGGACCUCUACCGAACGUUCCCAAUUAUAUGCCGUAUAGUGGCACUUAUAAUCCUUUGGAGUAUAUGCCGAUGCCGUUUUAUACGGCUAGCGAAAAUACAGUGUAUGGGUAUAAUAGGGAGGAGUCUGUUUUAAGUGGGAGUGGUGGUUCUUCGAACGGUUCCGAUCAUUUAAAAGAUCCCGCCGCGGCUCACAGCAGCGCCUCGGAUAGCGACAUAACCUCAUUGGGACCUAGAUCGGCUCUUCCGGUCGCUUCCGGAAACGGAAACGGUUCGUCGAAUGGUUCGGAUCAAAGCAGCGGGACCCAGGUGGCGAAUCAACAGAAAGACAUAGCCGUUUCAGUAUUAAGUUACCUAUAAAAACGCUAUAUUACGUGCAAUAUACAUUUCAUUCACCUUUACACACUCUGAAAUGGAACGGUAAGUAAUUUUCGUUUUAUUUAUUCUUAAUCUGACAUUUUUUUGUGUAAAAAGCACUUUUUUGCAUAGCUUAAGCACAAUUAUGACCUAAAAACUUAGUUUUUAACUAUAAAUAAAGCGGGGAAUUAAUUCUUUUUUGUAUUGCAGACCAAGGAAUAGUUGGAUACUCAUACAGCGAAACCUAAACUGGAACUAAUCUCUAUUUUUAAUCAACAAUGUAUACUGAACGAAAAAAAAAUU